CUCUGCACUCGUGUACAGAAGGCGGAGGCGAAACGGCUGCGCUUUGAGCGCAACAUCCUCCGGGGGGGGGGCAGGAUCUUACGUGUUCCGUCGCCGUGAAAGACGCGCAAGAAGCACCUCGAACUCUUACGCGUCGCGUACUACUACUGGCACUUUUUUCCCCCCAUCUCUGAGCAGAGACACCACCGGGAAUAUAAUAAUAGUAAUAACACUUAAUUUAUGCGCUUUAAGUUCACCGUUUGUCACUGAACUCACGGGUGAACGACGAGCCGCGCGCAAAAAAUGGACUCUUCAGAUUCUCUGAAGACCCACAAAAGGUCACCCUUUGACCUCAUCAUGAACCAAAUCCGCAGGAAGAAGUCCUUCACGGAGCGUCGCCAGCGGCCCGCCGUCGCCCGAUUUUUCCGACCCGUUGAAAACGACGAGAGGAAGGAGGGGGGGAUCCCUGAGGAUGUGGAGGGUGUCUGUCGGGGGGGCAAGGAGAACGCAGAACCCGGAACAGGUGGUGCUGACACUGACAAUGUGGACAUGUAUUCAGUGGUGGGAUGGGGGCGCGUGAAGCAGUUCACCCAGAAGCUGGGGAGGAAGCCGGACGGCCAGAGUCUAAGCCUCAGCCACUGUGACCUGACAGCCACUGACGUGGUGGAGCUUGCAACACUAAUGCCAUUUCUGACCACCGUGGAAGAGAUGGACCUCUCUUGGAAUGACCUGAUUGGUGGGUCACUGAAGGCUUUGACCUUUCACCUCCAGCAUGUGUGCAAGCUAAGGGUGCUGAGAUUGAGCGGCUGCAGACUGACUGCACAGGAUCUCGAGGCUCUGGGAGAAGCCCUUCAGGAGCUCUUCCUCCUGGAGGUUCUGGAUCUUUCUUGGAAUGCCAGCAUUGGGGGGUGUCUACAGCACCUGUUUGGACACCUGCAAUACAGCAACAGAGUGAAGGAGCUCCACCUUAUGGAUUGUGGCCUGACUGCAGCAGACGCUAAGGUCCUGGGCAUGGCACUCUGUGGGAUGCACAGUUUGGAGGUCCUCGAUGUGUCCACCAACAGGCUUUUGGGGGAGGGGCUGACAGAGCUGACGCCACAGCUGAAGAAUGUCCGGGGCCUGCGGGUCCUACGUCUUCAGGCCUGCGGACUGACACCGGAGAGCUUGGAUGUGCUAAGUCAGGCAUUCCAGUUUCUCUCAACACUGGAGGAGCUGGACCUUUCCAGUAACAAGGGUGCAAGCAGGGGUCUGGUACAGGUGGCCCCUCACCUGGGAGCCCUUAUGAACCUGCACAGCUUGGACCUGCACAUGUGCUGCCUGACUGAGGAAGACAUGCAUGCGCUGAAUCAGGUCCUUCCUUCCCUCCGCAACCUCACAGCACUGGAUUUAUCGUGCAACAAGGAGACUGGUGGAGUGUGUCACUCAUUCAUACGCAGCCUCCCACUGGCCAGGAUGAAAAGGCUCCACUUGAGUAACUGCUGUCUGUCACAGGACUCCUAUGAGGCACUGGUUGUGGCAAUGCAGCAGCUUCCCCUGCUGGAAGGUCUCAGCCUGUCCUGGAACAAGUGUGUGGGCGGAAACCUGGGUCCCCUACUGGAGCCCUUGAUGGUCCAUACCACCCUCCGCGAGAUGAGACUGAGCAGCUGCGGCCUCACCACGGACGACCUGCUGCAUCUAGCGUCGGCAUCAAAGCGCGGGGUCCUGGCUCGCAUGCAACAGCUCGACCUGUCCUACAAUGAUGGUGUGGCCGAAGGCGGCUGGACCUCGUUCUUUCAAGAGCUUGGGGGGCUCGUGGCGCUCGUGGAGCUAGAUGUGAGUCUACGUCCCUCGGCCCGUGGCAACCCCCCUACCUGGCUGCCCGCCUUGCUGGCCGUCGCACCCCACCUGCCUGCCCUCAGGCUCCUGGCCAUGAACCGCUGGGUUCUUGGGCCCCGUGACAGGCAGGCCUUGGAUACCCUCAGUGAGCACGGAGGUAAGGGUGUCUGUGUUGAGGGUGACCCCCCCAAAGGAGCUGCGACUGAUGAGCGGAACAGCUGAGCAACGGGAAGGUUUAUAGAGCACAAAAGGGGGCCAGACAGACAGAGGGUGACGGGUACAAGGAAGAGAAAAAUGGGAA